UGUUCUCCGCCGCCGCCGCCUCAGCGACAGGAUCGCGAUUCGGGCGGGGUUUCCGCUACCUGGGGAUCGCGAUCCAUUAUCAUCUCUCGAUCGAUGACAGAAGCGUUUUGUGCCCCGGCUCUUUGAUUUCACAGAGAAGGUUUUACAGAUUGGGAAGCGAUGAGGAGCCUUGUGGCCUCGGCCCUUUGCCUUGUUUAAAGUGUUACUUGGUCCCGAGUUUGAGUUACCGUCCCUCGGUGUGACAGUAUCAGAAGCCACUGAGGAUGUCACGACGUAGCACACGUCUUGCAACAAGCGGUUAUUAUCAAGAUGAUGAUGAUGCCUCGAGCAGCAGUGGCGGAUCUGUUACCGGGAGUGUUGUGUCCUAUAAGGAGAGCCCUAUCAGGGUAUUCAAGAAAAAACCGAAUGCUAAACGUUCAGGGCUCACGCCACGCAGUACACCCGUGCCCAGCAUGAAACGCUCAGUAUCCAAUAGCUCAGUGAAUAGUCAAUGCAGCCUUGCCAGCCACAUCAGCAGUGCCUCCAUGCUGGCCUCCUCACUGGGUCAACAGAUGACCAACGAUCCCUACUGGCAGGAACCUGAACCUGAACCGGAGUCCGAGCCUAUUGGUGGUGACCCACCUGGCCUCGAGGACAAUUAUGGGAGGCUGUCUGGAAUGGUAAGGAGAGCAAAUGGCUACAAGAGCAGUAUUCUGUCAGCAGCUCCAAAUUCCUCCGAUAUCUACACAUCUUCCACUUCUGGAUACUCCUCCGAAGAUGAGCAGCUGGGUUCUGCGUAUUCACCGGCCUCUCCUUUUGCCAAGAUAUGGAACUGGAUCUCUCUGCUGUCUCCAGGGAAAGCUCUGUCCAUGGUGUACUGGUGGCUCGGGACAGCUUGGUACCAGCUAACAACUGCAGCUUCCCUGCUUGAUGUCUACACACUGUCUAGGUGUGUCCCCAGUAUGAAGAGGUGGUCACUGUUGGGUCUGCUGGUUCUGCUUGGUUUAUUGGGCGUUUGGCUCUUAAUAUCGCACAGAACUGCACGAUCUCGAGCUGAGAUCCCAGCAAAAAUAGAAAGAGAAGCUGCAAAAUGGUCAGCUUGGCCAGAGAAGUUGGCAGCGCCUGCCUUGGACCUCUCUCUACAGUCCCGGGUACAGAGAAUGGAGCACCAGUUGGCACAGCUGGCUUCUGACUUUCGUACCCAGUUACAGCAAGAUACUGAACCCGGUCAGCGAAUCCAGCUGGCAGCGGAAAGAGAGAAUAUCCCCGUCGUACCUCCACUUACACGAGAGGAUGUGACCAAACUGCUCCAAGAGUUUGCCCAUCAACAGCAUGAGAUGGGUCAAGAUGAAGUGCCGAAUGAUUCAAUCUUGAGAAUUCAGAGUGAUAUAGCUACUAUCCGGCAACAGCAAGAUGCCCGAAUGGAGCAGCUGCUGCAAAAGGUUAACGGCCAAACAGAGGAGAUGUCCAGAGAAAUAAAGGAGGUGAAAUCUGCUUUUCUAAGUAGUGUGACUGAUGAGCAGAAAACACUCCUGUCUGCACUGAACCAACUAGAAGAGCAGCUUGGCCAAACCCAGCUUGAGUUGAUGGAUGUGCAUACUACACAAAGGAACAUGGCAUCAAGCAUGGAAACACUGAGCAGCAGGUUUGAAAGCGUGAAGGACAAUGUGGAGGCAGAAGUGCUCAAGUUGGUCCACAGACUGCUCUUUGGUUCAUCACAGGACAGCACAGCUGUAUCUUCAGAGCAAGCACUGAUAUCACAGUUUGUAAACCAUAAGGACCUGGAAGCCCUCCUUCAUGAAUUGGAGAAGAAGAUCCUUGCCAGUCUUUCACAGAAUCACGGCCAAAUAGCAGAGCAGAACUCAGCCACUGUCAGAGCCAUGUUAGCUGGAGCAGGAAUUACAGAGGAAGUUGAGAAUAUUGUGCAACGAGCCCUGAAGCUGUACAGUGCUGAUCAGAUAGGAAUGGUGGAUUAUGCACUGGAGUCUGCUGGUGCCAGUGUAAUUAGCACCCGCUGCUCAGAGACAUUUGAGACCAAGACUGCUCUACUUAGCCUGUUUGGAGUUCCACUGUGGUAUCAUUCUCAGUCUCCGAGAGCUGUCAUUCAGCCUGAUGUUCAUCCAGGGAACUGCUGGGCAUUUAAAGGCUCCCAAGGAUUUGUCGUCAUCCAGCUUGCUGCCCAGAUCAGACCCACCUCCUUUACUCUAGAGCACAUUCCAAAGUCAGUUGCUCUCCAUGGAUCAAUCAGCAGUGCACCACGAGACUUCUUUGUUUAUGGCCUAGAUGAAGAGAUUCGGGAAGAAGGGCUCCUAUUAGGACAGUACACAUAUGACCAGGAUGGAGACUCAAUACAGACGUUUCAGGUCCAGAAUAAGGAAUUUGGAGCAUUUCAAGUCAUUGAGCUGAGAGUGAAUAGCAACUGGGGUCAUCCCGAGUACACCUGCCUCUAUCGAUUCCGUGUCCAUGGAGAGCCAGUGAAGUAAUGUUGGGAGACAGCCACCCUGCACUGUAGGAAAUGUUUGGGCAGCAUUUCAUGGACCUGGUUUGUCUUUAUUUUUUCCUCACAUCUGAAGCUACAGUGCUGGAGACUGUUCUGCCGCUCAAACUUUGCUCCGCUGUGUUUUUUGUUGCAAAUAAGGAACAAAAGCACUUUUUUUCUGGAAAGAAUAACAAAGGUAUUUGGAAUUACAAAAUAUUGAAAAGAAACAUUGUCUGAAUUUCAGGAUUGUCUUUCCAGUUUAUAACCUGGGAUGCGAAUAAAUCGGCAAAGAAUGGAAGGAUGAAAUCUGCUGGAUGCCAGGUGUUUGGGAAACCUUCCCUUUCACAAGACACUCUUUAUAUCCCACCUGUUCAUCUUAGUAGCAAAGCCUGAGCACCCAUCCACAUUAAGGAUCCUGGGAUAUAUUGAGAAAUUUUAAACUUUUGUUCCGUUCUUGUAAGUGAUCUAGACAUGCAAAUUAUAAUUCCAUGACAUUCAAUUGAAAGUUGAGUUCCUGUCAACUGCAACUAUAAAAUAUGAGAACAUACUGGCAAACAAGGCAACUCACCUUUUAUGAAAGCAGCCAGGUUUUCGCUUUGGUGAAACACCAACUCCCACAAAGUACAGAGGUUACAAAUGACCAUGUUUAUAUUCAUAUGGAGACAGUUAUCUUGCACCUGCCUGAUAUUUAGAUACCAACCCCACAUAUCUCCGAGUAUCAGGAUGGACCUGUGCAGGUAUUGUGUCUGCCAGAAAUAUACUGUUGCCACUGUCUAAGCACACUUCUAAGUUACCACAGCUCUGGUCAAGUGUCCAAUUGCACAACUAUUUUCUCAGGACUAAUAUGAUUAAGAUGAUUAAUUGGCAGAGAGCUGAAUUGUAACAAGAAAAAAAUCAUUCCACCCAUCAGAGCUCCUUAACUGGAAAUAUUGUGCAAGCCCAAUAGCAUAGCACAAGCAACCUUCCUGCCUUAGUGCGAAAUAUGGAAGAACUACAACUGUCCCUCUAAAAUUCCUGAUGUUUUAUAUGAAUCCUAAUUCUUAAUAAUGUGUGCUUUUCUAGGUCAGAUGAUUAUGAGCAAGCUUCAAUUGUAAAUUGUUAAAACUCAAGGUCUAACAUUUGAAAGUGAUGUGUUUUUAAUAUUUGUUCUUGAGAAGUGGGAAACACAGUCAAAAAGUAUUGCCUAUCUCUAUUUGCGUUGAAUGCAUUAAGAAUCGACCACAUCUGAACUGGAGUCACGUACUCAGACUGGCCUGGGUGACAGGUCCUUCUCUGAACCACACUGGUGAAUUAGUUGUAUUCUUAGACAGUUCAUCAGCUUUUAUGAUCAUUUUCUCAUGGUAUCAAUACAUUACCAACAAUUUGCCAGUUGUGAGAUGGUGACCUUUUGGGUUGCAAAUCCAGUGAUUUAACCAGUUGGUUGUUCUGCUCAAUGUGAUGUUCGGUAAUGCUUCUUCAGAAUUCUUGGUGCCAGUUAUGUGCCAACUUUCAUCACCUCAGUCAAGAGUUGGUGAGAUGUGUUAUCAAUAGGUAUAGCACCAUGCUUGCAGUUAUUUGGGAAUAUGACUUUCAUUGUCUUGAGCUGCACUAUUUGGUGGGUUUACAGAAAGUAUUAGCCAACUAGUAUUUGCAGCAUUUUGGCUGCUCAGUGUGUCGCAGAGCCCCCAAAUAUUUCAUAAUCAGUCGGUAUCUUUUUUGUAAUUUUAAGGAAUUUGGGAUUAGUGUUUCCCAAAUUCCAGACCCAGAACAAAGAGUAUGGUGAAAAGAACCAAAAAGACUGAAUUUUGAAAAGGAUGCACAAAAGUCUGACUUAUGUUCUUGAGUGCCAUGAUUGUAUUGGCUGUAAAUGAGCAAUGGGUAAAACAUUAAAGCAAUACAGUCACACUGACUAUUUAGCAUAAGGAACAAAUAAAUCAAUUAUUCAGUCAGUGUUUCAAAUUGAUAAAGGUAAAUUGAUAAAGAAAAGUGGAUAUCUAGUCGCAAAAAAAAGGAAUUGGGCAAGAUAUAAUUUUUUUAACGUUUUAUUUUGAAAGUGGAAUAAGAUGAAAACGUUGCAUAAUUGUUCCCUGUUUAAUUCCAGUGGGCUAUCCAGAUAACUUCCCUUGCAGUUAAUGUCCAGUUCGUUGGUUGAAGUAUAAUAUUUGAAUGUGCUAUAACUGCUAUAUAGAAGUAGUUCUGGUCUACUGAUAUUGACACUUUGGGGAAGCUAGAAAAUAUAGUUGGUUUUUCUUUGAUCUGGAUUACUACAGAUAGGGUGGGGUUCCAGGAAUUUGACAUGAAAUGUAUUUAAGCAAAAUGAGAGUAAGUCCCAUAGAAAUUUAUGCUACAGUUUUUCACUUUUUAAUAUAUCAUCACAACCCAUUUCAUAGCCAAUCUGCUGUUAAACACCAGCAAAGCCCUUUACUAUACAUAAUAGACCAGAAAUGGUCUUCAACUGUUAAAUUUGCUAGACUGUUGCAAAAAAAUGUUAUCUGUGGUAGAAACUUUUCUUUUUGUGGCUGAGCAAUGGUUAACAUGACAGUGUUAAGAAUGUAGAAAUAAAUUUUUGGAAAAAUAUUGAUGCUUCAGCUCAAGUUAACAACCAUGAAGUGUGGCAGAACUCAAGAUCAUGGUCACAGCUCCAUUUUUCAGUCGAGAAUGUGAUAUAGGAGGAUUGACUUCUAUGAUUCACUAGUGGAUAUUAUGGAGGAUCAUUUACUUACUAUUAAUAAGUGUAGAACAGGGGUCAAGGGAAUAAACUGUGGUAAACAGUUCUCUAAAUAUUGCUCUCCAAACAUUUUCCAAAUGUUUGUGCAGAGUGUAGCAUUCCAUGUGUUUGUUCCUAAAGUGCAAUAUUCACUUGCAGUUACAUAAAAUAUUCUUAUUUGAUAUUUAUUAUUUGGCAUUUUAAAUGUAACAUCUUGUUAUUAACUUUCAUUUUUAUCAAGUUGAGUUGAUCUUAAAAAUAUGAUUUCUGUAAAAAUUCCAGGUAAAGGAAAUAGCAGUUUUAUGAGUACAGUCAGGUUGCUGAAGGAAACUUGUAGCCAUGGUUAAGUUGCUGGUAUGAUUAUAAAUACAGCCAAUAUGCUUAGUGUUGGCAUGACCUGCUUUCAGUUUCAAUAUUGAUCAGUUUGCGACAGUAUAUUAACAGCUCAAAUGGCUCAGCAAGAAGAAUCUUACUGUCUUUUUGUUGAAAGCACAGUAAUGAAUGAUAGAAUGAUCAUGUUUCAGGUGCACUGUUCUGACUAUCAAAACUGUCUUUUUUUUUAAUAACGGUCCCAGUGAAUCACCUCAUGAUGUUUUACUACAUUAAAGGUACUAUACAAAUGCAAGUUGUUAUAAAUUUCAAUCACAAGGUAUUGGCCAAUAACGUUAGAACCUUGAGAUUUUAUUGUAAAUCUGUUGGGUUAAAUCAUGUUGGUGCGUGAAACAUAUUCGUGUUUAACAAGUUUAAAUCUGAUACUGACUGUUCCUUAGGGUGGAUAUUGCUUAUCAGCCAAUCAGUGAAAGGGAUUAAUCAUGGGCGUAAUGGGGCAGAAAACAAGUAAAUUGCAUCUAGUUUAAUUUCAUUUUGUGAACAAUUGAUUUGUGUCUUCACAAAUCAGAAUUAUAAGACAAUGGGUGUUUAAAAGAUAUUUAAAACUGAAAGUGGAUACCCAGCCCACACAUUUUUUGCUCUUGUAGAAGGCCACCAUAACUCCCACACACUCACAGCAUGCAUCUGCUAUAAGGAUUUCACGCUUAAAAGCAAUUGUGACCCAGUUACAAUGCAAAAUACAAUAGACUGAAAUUGGAAAUGGUCAUUUAUAAGUUUUAACUAAGUAACAGCAGCUAUUUGUCCUGAACCAGUAUUAUUUUGAUGGUUUUUAGCUAACAUUAUGCACCAGAUGAGGGCUGCAAUUUUAUUUUUUUCAUGCUUUUAUUCAUUUUUUUCUUGGACUCAUCCUUCUAAGUUUUCAUUUUUUUAAAUGUAGAGUAAAGGUCAUUUGCCUUUUAAAAGUAUUUAUUAAUUGCAGCUUUAUGCUUUUCAUUUUUACCUACCAGCAAAUAGUUUAUUCUAAAAAAAAUACUUGUACACAAAAUUUCCAUUUGCCCAAACAUAAUUUUUGUUUGUGUGGUGAGCAAAAAUAAUUGCAAACCAUACUGUAAGAUGUAUAAUAUGAAGGAAAAACUUACUUUGGCAGAAUUGUAACACCCAAACCUACACCUGAUAGAGUGCAGGUGUUAUGGGGAAUGAAGGGGAAAUACAAGCACAGCUGCUGUUUGUAAUAAAGUACCCAUCCUAAAUCAAGUUCCAGUGUUAGUCUAACAUACUGCAGGCCUAUAUUAUCCACAUAAACCUGAAUUAAAUGGUUUUAAUAUGAAGUAUAUAGAAAGUGUUGCUGAUUUAUUCUCAAACCAAUAGUGGUAACUGAAUUAAAAGGUAUCCUACUUGACCUCUUCAUCCGGGCCUCUGCCUCUCUGCCCCAUAAUAUGUCUCCAUUUUUCUUUUCAAUUUCUGUAGAAAGGUUAGCAAUGGAGGUAGAGCACUGCUCAACAACAUAUCAAUACCUUUCCAUAACAUCCUCAGAGACAUUGGUUCAUUCUGAGGCAUUUGCUCUGCUGUUAGUCCUUUCCCUGUGACCAAGACCUGCCAGCAACAGAUUUAAAUGUUGAAUAGACAGAGAAAUGACAAGUUACAUUUCUGUUUUAAUGACUUAAAAAGCCAAACAAUUCACAAGCUUUAUAGGUAAAGCUCCAUCUUCCCUCAUUCCCUGCACCAUUAAUUGCUGUUCAAAAAUAUUCUCAAAGUCACUCACUCCAUGAUACGCAAGUCUUUUCAAAAUCAAAAUGAACCUUUCACUGGUUACAAAAUAAAUUUGGACAAAAUAAAUAAAUCUAUAAUAGAUUCAUAGACAGGGAGUUGGUGCAACAGUUUAGGAUACUAUCGUUCACCAUAGGAGUUGGAUUUCAAUCAGCAGAGAUGGAUUGGGUGAAAGUUUCUUCGGAAUCAUGUAAUGCUCAAUGUAAAGUCAAUUCAGGAAUUCUUAAGGCUGCACUAAUUGGCAUUCUGACUAAGAGUGGUUACAAAAUGGCUGAUGUGGGAAACAGAAGCAGUGAAGUAGCCAAUGCUUUUGAACUAUGGGUGAAUGCACAUUGAAGCUGUGUAGAGGGAACUUUACUCUGUAUCCGAUAUGUAUACCUGGCCUGGGAAUUAUGGAUGCUGACAGUGUCUGAAAUGUGACAGAGUUCCAUUUCUCAGAACUUAACAUCCAAAUCCCUAACGAGCAUUGAAAAAGUUCACAAUUUUAAAGAAAUAAAAUGCAACUAUAAAUAUAAAUUAAAAUCUGCAACUGGCCCCAAAAUCAGUUACAAAGAAAACAAAAAGAUUGAGGGCUUGGAGCUGGACUCUCCUUCAGCUAGAUUGGAGAGUGGAAUUUUCUGGUUCUGUUCCUUAUUCCCAUCUCCCAUUAAAUCUAAUAGUACAGUUCACCCCUUGGAUAUUUAUUACUUGUAGGUCAGUCUUUGUCUUGUUAAGUUAGGCAAGAGGAGUAAGAACAGUGCUAGUCACCAAGUGACAGGUUAUUUAUUUUUAAUGGCUUGCAGCUUUAGCUAUGAGUCUAGUAUCAGCCUCAAGAGACAAUAUUUGCACUGCUAUGCUACUGCACUGCUCACAAGCACCUUUAAGACCUAUUAGUUAAUGGACUGGUCACAAUUGACAGAUUUUCCAAAAAAAAUUUUGAAGAAGAAACCAGCACAAUGAAGUUGAGCUGUUGACAGCUAAGACUUAUAUAUAAUUAUUGUAUUAAAAUAUAUAAUUAUUAUUGACAGGGCUAUCAGCUGUAAUAAUAUAUGGACAUUAAAUGUAGAAAAGGGUAUUUUAUUUCUUAGAUGUGCUCUAUAAAGAUAUUUUUCCUAGCAGUUAACAAAGCAAGCAUUGCAAUAUGUAUCUUUUUACAGCAGAGGCAUCCAUGCUGUGCAAGGCAGUUUUCAACCAGAACCCAAAUGUAAACCACUCAAAAUAAGAGCUAAACAUUACAGAUGUCCACCACCAUCUCUUAUAACAGUGAUUCCAUUCAGUAUUUGAUAUAUUACAGUCUAUGGCUAUGAUUCAACAAUGAUUUGAUGUCUGAUAAAACCAUAUGAGGAUAUUUUUAUUUAAAAAUUUCAACUGAAAUGUAACAAAGCUUGUAUUAAAUUUAAGUUCAUUCUGGAUAAAAAGGAUAAUCUCUUAACGUCACUGCUCUUUGUUUGCAAUAAAAAUGAGAUGAACAUUUUAA